GAUAGAAUGGCUAACUGGAUAACUAGGUAGUAUUAAAAAUAAGUUUAUAACAAGGUAUUAUCAUAUAACUAAAUGUUUUAUACACUUAGUUUGCUCCUCAAUUGCGAUAUAGUUUACCUAGUGCUCAUAUAUCUAUUUUGGCUAGUACCAGUCUUUUAUUUACCGAGGCGAUAAGCAACCUUCAGCUUAUCAACACAUACCUAGUUGAGAUCCUUUGGCGAACAACUCAUCUCAAAGUUCACCUCCUUUUCCAUUUUAAAUAAUGUCUAGGUCUCCAAGUGGUAAAGAUGCGCCUAUGGGGUUGACCAUCUUAGAGUCCUUAAAGCCGCUUGUCGGUAUCGAGAAGGUUGAGGCGUAUUUGAAAUUGGCCUCAGAAUCCCAAGACCCGAAGAAUCAUGAAUGGACGACAGCUAUAGCGCCUUACUUGUCUAUUGUUUCGCACUCGUCCUCUCCGCCGCAUCCUAGCAUCACUUUCCGAUUUACUGUGCAGCCUAUCCAUAGCAACGGUCUCGGUAAUCUACACGGCGGAUGCGCAUCCACUAUUUUUGAUGCCUGCACUACGCUGCCGCUGCAUCUUAUUUCGAAGCCCGGUUUUUGGCAGUAUACGGGCGUCAGCCGCACGCUCAAUGUUACCUACCUACGACCAGUUCCAGUUGGUACCGUCGUCGAUAUCAAGUGCGACAUCUUGCACGCUGGUCGCAAAUUAUGCGCUCUAAGAGGGGAGAUGAGGACCGUAACCGCAGACGGCCGAGAAGGGCCCUUGUUGGUUGUUUGUGAGCACGGAAAAGCCAGCACAGAUCCGCCGGUCGGGAAGUUGUAGAUAGUUGCCUGCCGGUUGCCUCCGUGAUGGAUGUAGCAGGAGGGGCGGUAUGGCCGACGGGAUUUAGAUCAAGAGAUAACUCCAAGAUGGGAUGCCGCAGAAACACUGACUUACUACAUGUAGCUAUUGUAUACCUCUAGCAAUGUAUCUAACUAUAUGAUAGAAAGGAGGAAGGGAAGAUUGUGGAGAAUGCCAGCUAAUAACUUUAGAACUUUCAUCUUA